GAAUAUCACCCUCCUUAGCAGCAGUCCAAUCAAACGCCUGUUGUUUUUGGGUGGCCGUCGUACUCCAUCAGUUCAUUUAAAAACCAAACUGUCCAAUAAAAAACAAUGCAGGUUUAUUCCACCAUUUUUUUAAAAAAGGAAGGAUUUCCUCUUUAGAAUACAUAAGACAUUCAGGUCAGUCAUUGGCAACAUCUCACUGUAAAAGAAUCAAGAAUUAUAAAGGCGCUUUGGCCAAGAGGUCUUCAGGUUUGAGCAGCUUCUCUUUUCUGUUCUUGACGCACUGAAAUGUUUAAAUGUUUCUUUGCCAUUCACACCCUUUGGGAACCACUAAUCCCAUCAAAACACUUAAAUGGGCUAUAAUCAAACACCUUUUUUUCCCCUUGGGGGUUUCCAUCAGAUAAAAGGAGCAGAGCCCUGGGGGUUGGUGGGUGGGGGUCGUGCAGAUAUAAAGCGCCCCACACCCUGACCUUUGCUCAGAUCUGCAGAGACCUUUGACUCUACGAGGCAUCCUCACGUUACGGAGGCGCCAGCGAUGCUCCCCGCGGCGGUCCUGCUGGCCUUGGCCCUGCGCCGGGCGGCGGGGCUGGACCUGGGCUUAUCCACCAAGUGCGUCUCCAUCCCCACGGACAUGGCCAUGUGCCACGACAUCGGCUACUCGGAGAUGAGGCUGCCCAACCUGCUGGGUCACGUCGGUUUGCCCGAGGUCGUGGGGAAAGCCGCCGCGUGGCAGCGCCUCGUCAGCACCGGCUGCCACCCGCACGCGGGGAUCUUCCUCUGCUCGCUCUUCGCACCCGUGUGCUUGGACACUUUCAUCCAGCCUUGCAGAAGCAUGUGCGUUGCGGUCCGCGACAGCUGCGCCCCCGUCUUGCAAUGCCAAGGACGCGCCUGGCCCAGCAGUUUGGACUGCGAUCGGUUCCCCGCAGAUGAGGACACGUGUCUUGCAUCCCUCGGCAAAGAAGUUAAGCGUGGUCUCGGAGCCUUUCCCAAGCCUAUCUGCCAGACUUGCCCGGCCAUUGAUGAGCUCUUGACGCGCCGGAAAGUGCUGGACAUUUUUUGUAUCGGCAAUUUUGCCGCAAAGGUGAAACUGUCCAGGAAACGACCUGCCUUCGGCGCUCCAGAAUAUGACAUUGACUGCCAGGUGGAAUUCAUUAACCAGGGGUCGCUCUUGCCUUUCGAUGCUCGCAGUGUGAUUAAGCAGUGGUUUCUGAUCAACGAAAACUGUACUCGGCAACUGGUUCAUGCCCACCGUCCCAAGGUGUAUCUUAUUGUGGGGACCACAGAGGAAAUGAACAUCGUUGUCAACCAAGUGUAUCACUGGCAGAAAUGGGAUUACAGGUUGACCCUGGCAACGCAGAAACUGAAGCAACGCAAAUGCACUUAACUCUUCAUUAUCCAGCUUCCAGCAUUCGUGAAUUCUCCGCUGAUCCAAGAGCACAAGCAAAGGCCCAGCAUAUUCUCAGCAGGCCCAUUCACUUCAAUGGAGGGAGCUAAUCGGGGCCAGAUUUAGGUUUGAUGAGGCCCUAAGCUAUGGAAAGUCAUGGGGCCCUUUCUAUGUCCAGCUGUCCUUUGUCAACAACAAAUGGUCGCUGUUUUUUGUGUUGAAUAUAUGCUAUAUGGUAAUUUAUGGACCUAAUAGGUAUCUAAAGCCAUUUGCACGUGUUGCCAUGCAACCAGUCCAUGCAGAAUGUAGGCACCCUAUACAGUGGUACCUCGGGUUACAUACACUUCAGGUUACAGACUCUGCUAACCCAGAAAUAGUACCUCGGGUUAAGAACUUUGCUUCAGGAUGAGAACAGAAAUCGUGCUCCGGCGGCGCGGCAGCAGCAGGAGGCCCCAUUAACUAAAGUGGUGCUUCAGGUUAAGAACAGUUUCAGGUUAAGUACAGAUCUCCUGAACGAAUUAAGUACUUAACCCGAGGUACCACUGUAUAUAGAAAUGAGCAAACCAGUGAUAUUUUAGGGAGCAGGCUAGCAGGCGGGGCCCAUUACUUACAUCAUAGGAGCCUACACAACACAAAACGCUGUUGCUGUAUGUAGGUUUUAUUUUAUUUGUUUUUUAUCUUAUAUUUUGGAAAUGUACAUCUAGGUUUUUUUCCUUUAAUUUUUUUGGGGCCCCCAAGAGAGUGAAGCCCUAAGCUAUAGCUUGUUUAGCUUAUACGUAAAUCUGGCACUGGAGCUAAUAUAGAACGGAAGGCAUAUGAAUAUGUUCCUUUUUGAAAUGUAUGGAGAAGUUGUGUCAGGACGGCUUAGGCUGUGCACAUAUUUGGAGCUCCCAUUCCUGGAAUAAUACGUGCAAUGGAUCAGGGCAAAGGUGUCUUGUAAAAUCCAAGUGUAUCAUAAACCAAACAUCAAGCCUUACCUCUUUCUGAAGUGCGAUAGAACAGAUAUAAAUGUCUGCUUGUGCUGUGGACUCUGAAUAUUUUCCAUGGGAUCGCAUCCACGUUAUAUAUUUAAAAGCACAACACUUCCGCCAAAGGAUUCUGGGAACUGCAGUUUGCUAAGGGUGCUGGGAAUUUUAGCUCUGCUGGGGUUCAGCUAUGGUU